AAAUAAGCGAACAGAUGUCGCUACUUGCACAUCUCGAUUUCUAUGUUAUUUUUAUUUUCUUUUUAUUAUUAUUUAUAUUUUAAUAAAAUUCCAGUUCUCCAGCAAUGACUCAAAGAGAUUUCAAUGAAGUUCUUGAUGAUAUUAAUCUAAGCGAUCAAAGAAAAUUUCGUCAAAUGGGAUUCACAAGAGGCUAUAGUAUGGGUGAAGAAGCAGGUUGGAGGGAUGGUUAUGUUUAUGGUGUUCGUCGAGGUGCUCAGAUUGCUGCUGAGAUUGGAUUCUAUCAGGGGUUCGUUCAUGCCUGGCUGUGUAUUUUGGAGAAGGAUGAGAAUUCCAAGCAGAGGAAACUUAUCGCUUUGAAAAGUUUACUUGAAUCAACUCGUCGUUUCCAUCGAACCAACAUUCACGAGGAAGAUUCUGUUAAGACAUUAGAAUCGAUUCGAAAUAAAUUUAAACAGGUUAAAUCUCUUCUCAAUUGUGGUCUCUCUACUUUCGAUGAUGGAGAUGGUGUUUCAUUUUCCACUGGUGCUGGACCACCGCCUCCAUCCUCAGCUCAUCCUCAUCCGUCAUCCCAUGUGCCACCCUCAUCGUCGACAACAACAACAACAACAACAAUUAAUCACUCAGCCGAUCCUCAUCAUCAACAGCCCAAAAUUCACACGGAAAUGUCAUUCUGAUUUCAUCCUAAUUUUCAAGAUAUUUAAUAGAUCUAAAAGAAAGGAUAGUUUUAAUUUCUAAUGAUCAACUAAUUAAUGACUGUUUGAGAAACAUUCGAUAGCUAAUUGUAAAUCUAAUUCCAUGGAAAGGGUUUUGUUCAUUUGUUAAAUAUUUAUGUUCCAUUAAGCGAGAAACGAACGGCCUCUGAGAAAGAAAUGGUGGAAAUUGUUGCUUGUUAAUUGUUGGAGAUUAUUGAUUAUUAUUAUUAUUACUGAUUUUCCAUUCGAUUCCAGUUGGUUGGAAAGUUAAUUGUUACACUUACCGUGAUAAGCGGUUCCAUUAAUGUCCAAACAUCGUCGAGUACAUCGAUAGAAACAAUUAGAUCGCUUACAACCAAUUAAACGGAUUCGCUCACAUUUACUACAUUCAGGAACAUAAUCAAGAUCUGAUUCAGUUGAAUUAGGUGCUGGUGUCCAUGUUUGACCAUGGGUCAGAUAAAUUAUCGUUGUCACAGUAAUUAUAAUGUAAAUUAAGUUCAUUGUUAUGUUGUCACUAAAUUAACUACAAAAAAAAACACGCAGAGAAAGAAAAACAAUUUAACUGAAUCAAUAAAUGAUCACUUUAAGAUUGAUUAUAUAUACAAAAUCAAUCGAAAGUUAAAAUUAA